CCGACCAUCAUUAAUUAAAGAAUCUUCCCCUUCCUCCUCUUCAAAACUUUGUGAAGAACCCUCAACUUCAUUUGUUUUAAUUUUUUCUCGAAUUUUUCCGCGCCGCCCCAUUUCGUCCCACUGAACAAAAACACCCGAUUCGUCCCAACUACAUUUUUGUGCCAACUUUAUAUUUUAAUAAAAGAAUGAGUUUUUCAACAUCCUCAAAAUCAAUUUUAGAUAUUAAUUCUUCAAACUUUGAUCCAGAAUAUUAUGUGCAAGAUUUAUUACGCAAAAAGGGGUUGGAGGAAUUGGUUGCUGUAGAACAGGAUAUGGUAAACAAUGUUAGAAGACUAGAUUCUGAAAUGCAAUCACUCGUUUACGAAAAUUAUAGCAAAUUUUUAAAUGCAACAAGUACUGUGAAAGACAUGCAAAAUAGACUGACUGAUGCACAUAAUGAAAUGGACUCCCUAUCUCUUCGAAUGAACAAAAUUGCAGACUUGUCAGACUCUCUAACUGAAAAAUUUGCAAAGAAUUGUGAACGGGUUAAAAAAUUGAAUGAAGCGCGUGAUUCAGUUAAACGCUUAGAAUUUUUGAUUAAAGCCCCUCAGAUUUUACAGACUUGUGUCGAGCAAAACGAUUUUUCUAAAGCAGUAAACACUUUUGUUUCAAUACAACCAAAAUUGGAGAAGCUGAAAAAUCUUCCUUCAAUGGUAGGGAUUGCUAGCGAUUCAGAAAAGAUUAUGGAAGGAGUUAAAAAACAGCUUUCUGAACAAUUGGAACGUCGUCUUAUCUCAUCCGAAUCAGUUAUUCAAGCAGUUCAGCUUUUAAAAAAAUUGGGAAUAUCCGAAAAUGAAUUAGAAACUCAGUUACUUUCAACAUUCGAAAGAGAAAUUUAUUCAGAAUUAAAUAAAUUGAGAGAAGAAGAAAAUGAACAACAACAAAUACCUGGAGAAUUACCAACUAAUAUUAAAUUUAAUGAUAUUUUUGAAUUUGUGGAUACUGGUUGUUGUCAUUUUUUGACUAAUGUUUCUUUGAUGGCUUCUACUUUUUUACAAUUGUUUAAUAAACAGCAUUCUAGAGCAGAAUUUGCCCAUUUACUUGAACGUGUAAUGACUAUAUUUGAACAAAUUGUAGAUAAACGUUUUGCUAAUGAAACUAACUCUGUUGAUUGUUCUCUAUUUGUAAAAUCUUUGGAUAGAAUUUGUAGAAAAAUUUCUGUUUUAGCAAGGAUUUCACCUGAUUUCAGCUUUACUCGAAUGAAUUCUUCUAUAGUUCAUCGUGCUGCAAAACAUCAAAUUAUUUUGUGCCGUCAAUUUGUUGGUGAAACAAUACAAAAGGCUAUAAAUGAGGUUAAAAUUAUUUUUUGA